AUGGCUGAGCAGCAAACUGCAUCUGGGCUAGUUCUUGGAGGGAAUGCGAAGUUCCAUUCAAGAGCGAAAACCGUGGUGGAUAUCAUCAUUGACACGGCAAAUGAUGCGUCGAAAACCAUGUACAACACAACAGGAGCAAUGAAAGAGAUGAAACAGAAUUUAGGAGCAUCUAAUCAAAGUACUGCUACUCGGGCAUCCAGCUUCCUUACCUCCACAUCAGAGAAACUUGAUGUUGAAGCUGCUAAUAUACACAGGCAAGCUAGGAAGAAUAGGCGCUUGAUCGACAAGGGUCUGAAAAUAGUAUAUUGUAACCACAGUGACAAUUUCCUUGAACCUGGUUGCGUUAAUUGCUCUUUCAGUCUGCGGAACUCUGAGGUUAUGGCGACCACUUUACAUGUUAAUUGUAGUGUGUUGGAUCCUGACUGUUCUAUGCUGGUUGUUCUUUGGGAUGUAUUUCUUCUUACAAAAGUGAAUGCGAACUUAUCGAACACGCAAGGAGUACCUUACACAGUUUGCAAUCCCUUCUCAGAUCCACCUGAAUACCAAUACCAGCCUGAUAAGUGCCCUGCUAACACAAUCCGAAUCCGCGACAUCCCAGCGGUAUUGAAGGUACUUACUUGUUCCAGCUUCGACAACGGAACAUGUGCCAGCGGACAAUUCAUAUCGCUUAACGAUUAUAGAACAGUUGAGGCAUACACAACAUCCAUUCAGAGCCUACUAAAUGUGUAUCCUGAGAUGGAAAAUCUUGUAGAAUGUCAGUCAGUGAAGAAUGCUUUUUCUGAGAUCCUUCUGUACCAUUGCAAACCAUUGAAAAGAUACGUUAAAAUGGUGUGGGCAUCAAUGGUGUUUCUCUCAUUAGUCAUGGUGUUUUUGGUUCUGAUCUGGACAAUGCUGGCUCAACAUGAGCAAGAACACCACUCUUUAGAUGGCUCUGUGAAGCCACAUUUGUCGUCUCCCGCAAAGGAAUUGGAAAGUAUUGGAACCAAAGAUAGAUCAACACAUGCUAGUUCAGUCUAG